AACGGUGUUUCCAGCUGAAAGCCCGUUGAUUGUUCUCGGUUGGGUGAUGGGUUGCAAGGAAAUGCAGCAAACACCCAAUUCGAAAACAAAGAAGGAAACUUGUUUGGGCCAAAUGUCCAAUUCGAAAACUCUGUGCUGUAUUAGGCCCGGUAUGAUGAAUAACGGCCCACGGAUCGAAACAUGGGUCUUGCCAUCGUCACCGUCCAAAUCCAAAUCGGACGGUCCGUGACGCCCCAGUAUCCAGAACCCCAUCGCCUUAUCCACAUCACCACAGCAAACACAUCACCGUGUUCGUGUUCGCUCCACACGCGCCAACCAGAGACCUCCCCGCCGGUUACACAAAUGGAGGCCGUCCUACGGCAUCCAUCGCUCUCGCGCCUCAAGCCUCCGAACCCGAACCUUCCCAGAACGCCAUCGCCAUCCCUUCCUCCCCCAUCUCUCCUCCGCCUUCGGGCGCGCCGGCUCAUCGCCGCCGCGGUGUUCCAGGACCAGAAGCCGAAGGAGCCAGCAAGCAAGGGAGGCGAUGACGAGGAGGCCUACGGCGAGGUGGACCGCAUCGUCUCCAGCCGCACCGUCAGCAGCCCGGUGUUCGCGGAGGACGGCUCGGCCAGCGCCGCCGUCGCCACGGAAUACCUGGUGGAGUGGAAGGACGGGCACGAGCCGUCGUGGGUGCCCAAGGAGGCCAUAGCCGCGGACGUGGUGGCCGAGUACGAGACGCCGUGGUGGACGGCGGCGAAGAAGGCGGACGCGGAGGCGCUGGCGGCGCUGCUCGCGGACGAGACGCUGCGGCGGGACCCCGACGCGGAGGACGCGCAGGGGCGCACCGCGGCGCACUUCGCCGCGGGGCUGGGGUCCGAGGAGUGCCUGCGCGCGCUCGCCGCGGCCGGGGCGGACUUGGGCCACCGGGAGCGCGCGGGGGGAGGGCUCACGCCGCUGCACAUCGCGGUCGGGUACGGCCGCGCGGGCGCCGUGCGCGCGCUGCUGGAGCUGGGCGCGGACCCGGAGGCCCCCGACGGGCAGGGCCGCACGCCGCUGGAGCUGGUCCAGGAGGUGCUCGCCAGGACGCCCAAGGGCAACCCGGCGGCGUUCCAGCUGCGGCAGGGGCUUGAGGCGGCGCAGAAGGAGCUGGAGAAGGCCGUGUACGAGUGGGCCGAGGUGGAGAAGGUGAUCGACGGCCGCGGCGAAGGCAAGUGGCGGGAGUACCUGGUGGAGUGGCGCGACGGUGGCGAGAGGGAGUGGGUGAAGGCGGCGUGGGUGGCAGAGGACCUGGUGAGCGACUUCGAGGCAGGGCUGGAGUACGCCGUGGCGGAGGCGGUGGUCGACAAGAGGCAGGUGGCGACGGCGACGGCGGAAGGGGAGAACAGAUGGGAGUACCUUGUGAAAUGGGUGGACAUUGAGGAGGCCACAUGGGAGCCCGCCGAGAACGUGGACGCCGAGCUCGUGCAGGAGUUCGAGCUGCGGCAGUCGGGGUCUGCAGGUGGUGACUGAUGGCGGCAGCACUGCGCCACCGCCGUCGGAGGCGAUCGCUUGAAGUUGAUUGUGUUUUAUUCCUCCGGGUGUUCCUUGUAAUGUUCGAUUCAAAGCAGUGGCCGGGCAGCAUAUUAGGAUGAAACCUUUUUGUGAGUACUGUAUCAUAUUUCGACCGGAAUUUCCAGUUUCAGCAGAUUUCAGCCACCCCACUUGGAAAUUCUCUGGAGCCUGUUUGGAAAUUUUCUUGCCUCCAGAAGUAGGAGCCGAUGAAGCCACAAAUACGACUUUAUCGGCUCUCUUUGUUCCUUAAUUGCUUUUCUUUGUAAUAAAUGACCUCGUGCUACAAUGUCAGUA